GGAACGGCGCCCGCAGAGCACCCGCACCGGCGUCCGCGGCGUUACGCACUGCACACAAGACGCACGCACACACGUAUAUACACAUACGGACGAACACACACAUUCGCACACACGGUCGCGCGCGCACGCAAACGCGAACGCGAACGCAAACGCGGCACACGCUUGCACCGCACGCCGACGUACUGUGCUGCACGCAGUAGACACACGGUUCGAACGCCGAACGCGGGCCCCCUCGGUAUAAUUUUUUUUUAACCAAACUACAACCUAACCACACACACUCACACACUCGCACACACAUUUACACACGGCACACGAACACCGCACGACACGAUGGCCGCGCCGCUCGUAUGUACGCGAUUUAGUGACAAUUACGAACUUAAAGAGGAACUCGGAAAAGGGGCAUUUUCUGUGGUGAGAAAAUGCAUUCAAAAGCACACAGGAUUGGAAUUCGCCGCAAAAAUUAUAAACACGAAAAAAUUAUCAGCCCGAGAUUUUCAAAAAUUAGAGAGGGAAGCAAGAAUAUGCAGGAAAUUACAGCAUCCAAAUAUAGUGAGAUUACACGACAGCAUUCAAGAAGAACUAUUUCACUACCUUGUGUUCGACCUUGUCUUCAGUCAUACUAAACAUCAAAUUCAAAUGUUAAACCAAUACAUUAAUCAGAAUCUAAAACCGGAAAAUUUAUUAUUGGCUAGUAAAGUCAAAGGCGCUGCGGUGAAGUUGGCCGAUUUUGGAUUGGCCAUCGAGGUUCAGGGCGAACAACAAGCGUGGUUUGGUUUUGCCGGAACUCCGGGCUACCUGUCACCAGAAGUACUGAAGAAAGAACCAUAUGGAAAACCUGUCGAUAUAUGGGCUUGUGGCGUGAUACUUUAUAUAUUGCUGGUUGGAUACCCGCCGUUCUGGGAUGAAGACCAGCAUAGAUUGUACGCUCAGAUCAAAGCUGGCGCUUAUGAUGUAAGUACAAUAUUAUUGUAA